UCACUUCUCAGAUAUCUCCACAACUACAGAUCAGGGAUCUUCCAAAAUCGAGAAGAUUGGUGCAUAUGGCUAUGUCUCUUCACCUUACAAUUUGUAUGGCAAUUUGGCCCGGGGUUGUGGUGUGGUAGGGGAGAAUGGGGGAUAAUCCCACACAGGAGUUUCGAACGACGUCUGGUUCACAUUUGGCUGGAUAACUCCACCACCACACGGGGUAUGCGGUCGGCGAUGGGGUCAAAAUGCUUGUAUGAUCGAGGGCUUUUCGAUGGAUCUAUCGGCGGGUUCUUAUUCGAAAAAUCGAGCGAGUUCGUGGUGGAGCGGUUGA